AUGUCCCCCAACACGCCCGAAAAGUCGACGAGGCUAGCCGAGGUAGCAUUUGCCAAUGACGCCGAGCCAUUCGUCCCGAAACCCUUGAUCAACGACCUGCUGCGCACCCGCUACUGCAUCCCCGGUUCCAUCUUCCUCGUUGAAGACGUCGAGUCGCUCCCGGUGCCACGGUCGAAGCGAUGGAGGGCCAUACGACUAAUGCUGGGGGACGGUGAGCUCUGUAUACAGGCUCUCCUCCGGGGAGAGAUGCAUCGUUUUCUGGACACCGGAGCUGUCCGCGUCGGCUGCUACGUCCGCUUGGGGGAAUUUUCGAUUCGUCUGCAGGAUCUCGCUGGGUAUGACGAUCGCUCUGGUGGGACACGGCAGAUGGUACACUUGGUGGUCCAUGACCUAGUCACCGUUGGAUGGCAUAGAACUCUCACGGAACCCGAUGUAACGUCUCCGGAACAUGAAGUUGAGGACGAGGUCGUCUCCGACAGCGAUGUGGAAUCCGCAACCGCGGAGGCUGAUGAUGAAGACGAAGAUGGUUUCGAGGUUAUGCACGUGUCGGAGACAAAGGCAACUCAACGAAGGGUGCAGGCCAAGAAUAAGGGAGGUCCUGUGGCUUUGCCGCGCGACUGGACAGAUCCGAACACGCCUCUAAAGCUGACCUCUUUACGAUCCAUUCCGAACUUGCCCUACAAACAGAAUUGGUCUGUCAACGUUCUCGCAGUCGUCGCCUCACUAUCCGAAAUCGAGCCGUCCCACAUGCCGCCGCAUCAUACACAACGAACUGCUCGACUAGUUGACCCGAGCACUAGCAAGCAAGUCAUCUUGACCGUUUUCCUCGACGCCGAGGCCUUCACCCCCAAAAUUGGGAGCGUCAUACUCCUUGUCGGUGUCAAGAACCACCGAUUUGAUGGUGGCUGCCUCAAGAAGUAUGCUAGCGACAAGCCCAAACCCGGUAGCAGGUGGUGGUUCGAGGAGCCGAGACAGUUUGACUGGUGUGACGUGGACGGGCUGAAGCAGUGGUGGGAGCAGUCGGGCUUACAAGGAGUCGCAUUCGACGGCUCAUGA